ACUUUCAAAAGAAAAAGAAGGAGGGAGUGGAAAGAGAAGAGAGAGUACAGUACUUGGGGGUGAAUUGCAUCGGAAGAGUAGCUCCAGCAAAAGAACAGAGAGAGAGGAAAAAGGGAUCUCUGGAAACUGAGCAUCUUAAGCAACCCUCUUCUCUGUCUUCUCCUUACAGGAAGCCACCAUGUCCCACAAAGGAUGUCUCAGCGUCAUAAAGUACUUCCUCUUCAUCUUCAACCUCUUCUUUUUUAUGCUCGGAAGUCUUCUCUUCAGCUUUGGCUUAUGGAUCCUUUUUGACCGAAAUAAUUUUGCUUCUGUUCUUGGAUCAUCAUAUUAUGCCCUAAAGGUCUGGUCCUAUAUUUUCUGUGGCGUUGGCAUCCUCACAAUGUUGAUGGGUUUCCUUGGAUGCCUAGGCUCCCUCAAGGAAGUCAAGUGCAUGCUGGGAUUUUACUUCGCUUUCCUGCUGCUUCUUUUUGUUGCUCAGAUCACCAUUGGGAUCCUGAUCUAUACACAGCAGAACACGCUCAGGAAAACAGUUGGAGAAUAUGUAAAUAGCAUAAUUGAAACAUAUGGAACAAAAGAUUCUUACUCGGAUCAUGAUGAGAGCUGGGAUUUUGUGCAAAAGCAGCUCCAGUGUUGUGGAUGGAUGUCCUACAGGGACUGGAAGGAGAACAGCAAAGUCAAAAAUGCCUCUGACCUCUAUCCCUGUUCCUGUUACAACACCUCUCAGUCUGGCCUUCCAGAGACCAACCACACAGCAAGCAUUGAGCCCCCAGGCUUCUGCAAGGCUCUGGGACCAUGGGCAGUUUACAAGGAGGGCUGCAUAAAUAGCGUUGAAGUCUGGCUGACCAAUAAUAUCAUCACCAUUGUGGGGAUCUGCCUUGGGAUUGCCCUCCUUGAGCUCUGCCUCAUGACCCUAUCGAUGUUUCUGUGUAGGACCAUUGGCCCCAACUAUGACAAGCUCACACGUUAUUCCUAGAAGGAGACUCACCAGUUCCCAAAGUUGGAAAUCAUUCCCUCGAAUGCAACCAUUCCACUUAGGGGAUUUAAAACAGCAUUUUGCAUGGUGCCUUGGGAGGUUCCGUACCUAACCUUCUUACCCUUAUCUUGGUAAAUGAAACUAAACCUUCAGGAAUUGCUGGCACAAAAAUAGGAAGUGCUGUACUCCACAAGAGUGUUCAGUUUCAUGCAGCUAAAUAGAUUGUUUAGAUCUUAGUUCAUCUCCAAAAGCCACAAUCAUACUGCCAUUUGCCUUUACAAAAGGUGCAACAAAUCUAUAAAGUAAGAUGCCAUUCCUGUGUUUUUAUAUUACUUGGAUGUUCAAACUCUUAACAUCCAACCCCAGAGUCUGCUUCGGUAUAAUCCGAACUGUUUGACAGGAAAUUACCCACACACUGUUAGAAUCUGACAAGCCUCAAAAGAUAACAUACAAACUAACUCUGUUUUCUAGUUUAAAAAAGGGGAAAGAAAUUUGCCUUGGUUUUAAAUCCCCUAAGGAUUGUGUGGGUAUUAAGCCUAGAGGUUUUUGAUACCAAAAUAUACCUGCAAUUAAAAUCUAAAUUUGAAAUGUUCUGUUAACUAUGGCAGCAAAAUUAGAAGGGUAGUGACACCCUGGCUGUUGAACUGUGUUUUUGAGCAAUGCCUUUUGGGUGUGCUUUGCUGAGUCCACCCAGAAUGCAGUGCCAGGAAGGCACUGGUGCAAAGGUUCUGUGUGUCCAGGCCUGGCAUUCAUAUGUUCUAUGACAUUUAUGCAACCAGAGCUUGGAAAACAGGCUCAUUUGGACUGCAUCUCCCAGAAUCUCCCAGCCAGCAUGGUCAUGUGCCACGUUGGUUGGGCAACACUGGGAGUUAUAGUACAAAAAGCAACUUUCCCCAGUUCUGCUUACAACCCACUUCAGUGUUUAGCUUGUUGUAUUGCUGUCUCAAAGUCACUGUGAUAGGAUUUCAUGGUGCAAAAGCCUUAUUUAACAGGGUUGGAAAUCUGCUGCCUAAUUUUGGUCAACCACUAGUCCUGCACUCUGAACCCCCAGAUAGCUCCCACAGCUUGAAGAUACUUUCCCCACAGUAUAGAAAUUCUUUUUAUAGAAUUUCUUUAUAUAGAAAUUCAAGCGCCUCUAGGAAGAGCUGCAAAAGACUUUUCCAUCCAUAUCACUUGCAGAGGGGCCAACAACCAGGUUGGCUGUACUUGUGUGCAACUCUUAAAACUGAUCUGAAAGGAAAGGACAAAUCCUUUGCUUGCAUUGGGCACUCAUGCAUUGAUGCUGCUUUCUCAAGGUUUGGAUGGAGCUACAUUCCCUGGAGCCCUGCUCCCGUGCUGAGUUUGGUAACCAUACAAAAUAAUUACGUUAUUGAAGGACCAGGGAAACCAAUUGUCAUGGAUUUACGUUCUGUCCUGCAUGUCAAAUCUUGUAGAACGAUUGAUGGAAAAACCUACUUUUAACCUUUGCUGUAUUUGUGUAUUUAUGUAUAUAUUCUACAUGGAUGUUUGAUACAGUAGAAUGGGGAGGGAAAACAUGCCAAGGCGAGCAGGUAGGUGGAAUGAGGUACGCAUACAGUUUCGCUUAUCUCCUCGUCUUGUGACAUUUUGUUCAGAAAAAUUUUGGGACUGUUUUUUAAUUCUCCCAUUUUGUAAAUAAAUAAAAAAACCCUACAAUCCAUCAGUA